AUGUACGCUGAUCAAGUCGAGGCUCGAGGUAAUAGGUCAAUUAAGGACCGCCUUAACGGAAAUUUCUCCUCCGAUUCCGGUCGCCGGCGUUCUCUAUCCGGAAAGAGGCAGAGAGGAGAUGAUGACAAAUGGGAACAUGAUCUUUACGAUGACAGCAUACCCCAAGCAUCAAACGAAAGGGUUGGUGUGAGAGAUCUUCGUGCCAAGCUGCAAAGGAAGAGCAUCGAGCAAGCUAAUAAAAAUGUGAAGGGAUCUGUUUCUGGAGGUUCAAGGGAUCUACGUGAGAAGCUAUCUGGUAUAAUGAGCUCUUGUCCUGCCGAGUCUAAACCUCCUCUGGCUAGGCCACAGCUGGCUCCCGAACCCAGUAGACCUACUAGGAAAAGUGUCAUAGCCAAAGUCUCUGUGCUGGAGACAAAGGUGGCUGGCUCCCUCUCAAAGAAAAAGGGUGAACAAAAGGUUGAAUCAGUUGAUAACUUCUUGCAAUCCUUGGGUCUUGAGAAAUAUUCAAUUACAUUUCAGGCUGAAGAAGUCGAUAUGACAGCCCUCAUGCACAUGACUGAUGAAGACCUGAAAGCUUUGGGAAUUCCAAUGGGUCCAAGAAAAAAGAUACUUUUAGCAAUGGAGUCGAAAUCUGAUGUGUAA